AUGCUUCCAAGUGGACACACUGUUGUACCAGAAGCACUCCUGGGUCCAGACUGGAAAGGUGCCUGCCACCCCAUAUCAUGGAGUCAAAGUCAGGAGGCUACUUCAAUGGGGCUCUUCUCUAGGGGAAAUAAUAAGAAGGUACAUACCAUUGAAGGGCCAAAGUCCCUGAAAAGUGUCAAAAAGACUCUCACAGACUCAAGCUGUGAAAACGGGGAACCUGCAGCAGGUCAUCUAAUAUGUAUUUCAGCUCCCUGGCAAGAAGUAAAGCUUGGAGGAGGUGCAUUAUGUCUUGUUAAAAGGAUAAUGAUCCAAAAUAAAAGUGGGAUUUUAGAAGAUAUUUAUUUUUGUUACACAUCAGUAGAAAAUUCAUGUCCUAAAGAGAUCUAUUCAUUUGCUGCCCGUGUUCUUAUUUAUAUAGCAUUGUGCUUAUUAAUUGCAUUGACUGUUUCUGGCAAUUUAAUGGUGAUCAUCAUCAUUUCUCAUUUCAAGCAACUUCACACUCCAACAAACUAUCUCAUUCUUUCUUUGGCAGGUGCUGACUUUCUCCUAGGCGGAUUUGUAAUGCCACCUAGCAUGAUCAGAUCAGUUGAAACAUGCUGGUAUUUUGGUCAAUUUUUUUGCAAGUUUCAUACCAGUACAGACAUGAUGUUGUCCUUAAGUUCCGUUUUGCAUCUUGCUUUCAUUUCAGUGGAUCGCUAUUAUGCAGUUUGUUUCCCUCUAACAUACAAUGCUGAGAUAACAGUAGUCUUAGUAAUUAAAGUGAUUCUUAUUAUCUGGUGUUUCUCAGCACUUUUUGGAUUUAUAAUGGUAUUCCAAAUAUUAACUGUAAAGAAAAUAGAUUUUUACUAUGAUCAAAGUUUAUUUUGUGUAGGAAGUUGUGUUGUGCUACAUACCAAAACAACAACCUUGAUUUCAUGUUUUGUUGGUUUUAUUAUUCCAGCACUUGUUAUAUUAGGCAUUUAUCUGAAGAUCUUCAUGGUGGCAAGGAAUCAGGUUAGGGCUAUCAAAGAAGUAACAGAGAAAAAUGAAUUAUCAAGAAAAAGAGAAAGAAAAUCUGCAAAAACCCUGGCAACUGUUAUAGGAGUUUAUAUUAUAUGCUGGAUGCCAUUCUUUUUGUGUAACACAGUUUACCCUUUUAUAAAUAAUGUAAUCCCUGCUUUGCUGAUAGAUAUUUUAAUUUGGUUUGCUUAUCUCAAUUCAACCUGUAACCCUUUUAUUUAUGCGUUUUUUUACAAGUGGUUUAGAAAAGCAAUUCGAAUCAUACUACUUGGAAAGAUUUUUUAUGGCCAUUCUUCACUAACUAGACUUUAUACUGAGUAA